CCUCCGAUUAUUGCACCGUUUUUCCGGAAAAAUCUCUUGUCUUUUCUUUCCUUUAUCUCAGUUGUUGUUUUUAUAUAUAUAUUUUUUUUGGAUUUUCAGGUGCAAAUCUACAUUUCCUAAACUGGGCUUCUGACCAUUUUCAGCAUUAACAAAAUUUCCCUUCUCCUAAAUUCAGUUUCUCAAUUAUUUUCUUCCAAUCAUCGAUCCCUCACCGUUUACCAGGAAAAUCACUUCCAUUUUUCUGGACCUGGGGUCUUCGCCAUCUCUGGAUGAUACGCUAAUGUUUCGUGGCAUAAACUGAGUCACUAAAAUUUCUUUCUCGUUUAUAUUCUCAAUAGAAAAUUCAUAUUUGAAAAUAUGCAGGGAAAGGAGCAAAAGCAGUUGAGUCCCAAGUCACCAAGAAACAUUCUAUUUGACAAGUAUGAGAUGGGAAGGCUUCUAGGCCAAGGCACCUUUGCCAAAGUCUACCAUGGCAAAAACCUCGCCACGAAAGAAAAUGUAGCAAUCAAAGUGAUAAACAAAGACCACAUCAAGAAAGAAGGCCUAAUGGAGCAAAUAAAGCGCGAAAUUUAUAUCAUGCACUUAGUCCGGCAUCCCCACAUUGUCCAAUUAAAAGAAGUCAUGGCCACAAAAACAAAGAUCUUCUUCGUCAUGGAGCAUGUAAAAGGAGGUGAACUGUUUGCCAAGGUAUCUAAAGGAAAGCUCAAGGAGGACAUGGCAAGAAAGUACUUUCGACAACUCGUAAGCGCUGUUGAAUUUUGCCAUAGUCGUGGUGUAUCACAUCGUGACCUGAAGCCUGAAAAUCUUCUUUUGGACGAAAAUGGAGACUUAAAAGUCUCCGAUUUCGGGUUAUCAGCGUUGCCAGAGCAGCAUUGGAGUGAUGGUAUGCUCCACACGCAAUGUGGCACGCCGGCUUACGUGGCACCUGAGAUUUUGAGGAAAAAAGGAUAUGAUGGAGCCAAGGCUGAUAUAUGGUCUUGUGGUGUUGUUCUCUUCGUUUUUCUUGCCGGGUACUUACCAUUUCAGGAUGAGAACUUGAUGAGAACUUAUAGCAAGGUUUUCAAGGCAGAUUAUGAAUUUCCGCCAUGGAUUUCUAUGGACGCAAGGUGUUUGAUCAAAAAGCUUUUGGUUGUUGACCCGGAAAAGAGGAUUUCCUUUCAGCAAAUAAUGAGGAACCCUUGGUUUCGAAAGGGUUCCAAUUUUGCUAAGUCAAUUGCAUCUUCAAAUUCCAUUGAAGAUGAUAAAAAUGGAAAGGGCGAGAAAAUUGGAAAUUUGGGUAGGACAAGAAGCGGUAAUAUUCCUACUCCACCAUUUUUAAAUGCAUUCGAGUUCAUAUCAUCAAUGUCCGAGGGAUUCGACUUGUCGAACAUGUUUGAGACCAAGAGGAAAUCAGGGUCCAUGUUUACGUCCAAGUGCUCCGCCUCCACAAUCAUGGCGAAGCUGCAGGUGGUAGCUGAAAGGUUGAAUUUCGGAUUGGCAUGUGAAAAGGAGUUUACUGUGAAGUUGCAGGGGAAAAAGGAGGGGAGGAAAGGGAAGUUGGCGGUGACAGCGGAGUUGUAUCAGGUGGCGGCGGAGGUGGCGGUGGUAGAGUUUUCACAGUUGGCUGGGGACACUCUUGAAUACACUAAGUUUUGUGAGGAGGAUGUGAGGCCAGCACUGAAGGACAUUGUUUGGACUUGGCAAGGUGAGGAAAAUGAAUGUUCACAAAAGAAAGUUGCAAACCCUAACUGCCAUUAACUAUAUGGGUAUUCCCUUGAAGCGACGUGGAGUUAAUGUUUACAAUCUAGGAAAACCACCUGAUCAGAUCCCUCAUCCGAAAUAGGUUUUAACCUUUUUUUCUGAUAUAUUUGGACAUUCUGAUGUAAUAUUUUGUGUUAUAACUACGUCCUGCUGCAAGAAUUUUGGAGGCUUGGCAUGGAUGUAUAUAGUGCAUGUAUAAUAAUUUUUUUUUCUUUCUAAUUCAUCGGACUUUUGAGUAUUGGAA